GUCCCGGGGCAGCGGUUCAACAGGUACUGAGACUCAGUCAGAGGUGUAGAGUCUCUCAGGAGGGUGAGGCGCUGGAUGUGAUAGUAUGCGCUCGCGCUCGUUCAUUUCUCUACGCUGCGGUGCUGAUGCUGUCAAUCUGUGGAACAGGAACAACGCCGCGCUGAUUUAACCAACUGCUCGUGGAUUUAAUGUUAUAUCUUCAUUUUUAUUCUCGUUCAUUGUAUAGAGAAGUGGUUUGUUUUUAUGCGCCGCUCGCAGGCUGGAGGCGAGUGUCCGUGAGGGAGGAGGAGCUACCGGACAUCCGAUAAGGAACUACGAGCUUCAUUGAACAGGGAAGCCUGUUUUCCAGUAUGACUGCCCUCAGGCAGAGGAAGGGCAGUAAAGGGAAGGAGCCGGGGCCCAGCAUUCAGAACCUGAAGCCAGAGUGUAUAAAUGAACCUAGAGAAAGGUUUGCAACAGGUGGAUUCUCGUGGUGGACAAUAUUGUGUGCAACCAUUGGCUCAAUAGUGGGAGUUAGUCUGGGCUUGCUGUGCUGCAUCUAUGUGGCUACACUUCAUGAAAAUGACCUGUGGUUCUCCAAUAUAAAGGAAGUCGAGCGUGAAAUCUCCUUCCGGACAGAAUGUGGCCUUUAUUAUUCCUACUACAAACAGAUGUUGAAAGCCCCUUCUGUACAGCAAGGUCUUUAUGAGCUUAUUCAUGACAACACUACUGAAUCCAAGAGGACAAUAAACAUCCUACAGCGUAUGAAUAUCUACCAGGAAGUGUUCCUUAGCAUUUUGUACAGAAUACUUCCUAUCCAGACCUACUUGGAGCCAAUUUAUUUCUACAUCUACACAGUUUUUGCUUUGCAGACAGUGUAUGUCUUCGCUCUCUUUAUCACUAGCUGGUUACUCAGUGACUCAUGGCUGGCUGGAGCCCUCAGUGGAGUCUGGUACAUUCUUAACAGAGUGGACACCACACGCGUGGAGUUUACCAUCUCUCUAAGGGAGAACUGGUCAAUACCUUUCUUUGCUCUUCAGGUGGCUGCCAUAACCUGCUACCUAAGGCCACAGCUAAAACCAAUUCACCAGAGGGUGGUGCUAUGGCUGGUGUUCGUCUCCACCUUCUGCUUCUGUUUGACAUGGCAAUUCAAUCAGUUUGUCCUGCUGGUGCAGGCCCUUAUAAUCUUUACUCUGGAUUGCUUGGACUUCUUCACAGCGGAACAGGUGGUCUCUCUGUACCUGAUGCAGGUGUUGAGUCUGUUAUUGGUGUGGCUACUGCAGUUCUGCAAUACUAUGAUUCUGGGUUCUCUGGUGCUCAGCUUCAUUGUGUCUGCUCUCUUCAUCAAACACUUCCAGACGGGGCUAAAGACGGGCAGCUUUGUUAUACGAGUAGGAAAACUGGCUCUUCACACACUCUUAGUCCUCACAUCAACUUUCACCAUCAAUUAUUCAGCCAAGAAAAUACUACAGCUAAAAUCGGACGAGCACAUCUUUAAGUUCAUAAAGGCCAAGUUUGGCUUCGGGGCAACGAGAGACUUUGAUGCCAGUCUCUAUCUGUGUGAAGAGGCAUUUGGCUUGUUGCCAUUGGAUACAUUUGAGCGGUUGGCUGGCACAGUGCUGCUCUAUCCGUAUCUGUGCACCCUCAGUGUGCUCUUCAUCUUGCUGCUGCUGGUGGCACUCUCUAAUCUCAGCACAAAUGGAUCAGGCCAAGCGAGCAGGGAGAAAGAGGACAGGACCUUUAGGAUGCGGCCAGACGUCGCUUACAAUCUCUUGCACACCGUCUUCUUUGGUCUGCUCGCCUUUUCCACUAUGAGAAUGAAAUAUUUGUGGACUGGCCAUAUGUGUGCAUUCGCUGCCUUUGGGGUGUGUGGUAAGGAGGUGUGGAUGUUGUAUCUGAGAGUCCUCCACUGCAACACUAAAACCACGAUGAGACUGAUCAGGUACUCUGUUCCUAUUGUAAUUCUGGCGUUUCUUUAUUACAAGUUCUGGCCCAGACUGAUGGAGGAGAUUUCUGAACUGAGGGAGUUUUAUGACCCAGACACUGUGGAGCUAAUGGAGUGGAUCAGAUUGAAGACGCCCAAACGGGCAGUGUUUGCAGGCAGCAUGCAGCUGUUGGCUGGAAUUAAGCUGUGUACGGGAAGAGUAUUGACAAACCAUCCACACUAUGAGGACCAGGCGCUGAGGGAGAGGACCAGACAGGUAUAUCAGAUCUAUGCGCGUCAGUCUGCUGAGGAGGUUCAUAAAGUGCUCGGUUCGGUUGGAGCGGACUACAUCGUGCUGGAGGACAGCAUCUGCUACGAGCGCAGGCACAGCCGUGGCUGUAGGCUGAGGGAUCUGCUCGACCUGGCAAACGGACAUAUCAUGGACGGCCCAGGUGAAAACGAGCCGGAUCUCAUCGCGGCGUCUCAUCCACGGUUUUGUGAGGCCAUUAAGACUGACACUCCUCCAUAUUCAACCCUCUUCUCACGAGUGUUCAAAAACAAGACCUUUCACGUGUACAAACUCAAGAAACUCAAGAAGAAAAACAAAGCUGAGAGCGGUCCGUAGUGCUCGUUCCUCAACAGCAGUUGCCCAUCUUCACUGGAUGGCUGAACGCCCCAUCUGGAAUGUGCAACGAGUGUGUGAUAGUAGCAGGUGUGUGUGUGCAGCUGUGUGCUUGAGAGAAAUCGGAGAGAUGCCUGAUUGAGCCAGCACACGUUAGAUUUGAUGCGUGUUUGUGUGUGUAAAUCUUCUGUGAGCCGGUCUGCCGCAACAGGAGCUCGAGUUUAACGUGGAGAGAAGGGAGGAAAAUCUCUUUUUAUCAGACUGUCGCACUCCCUCGCGCUCUCUUUGAUCAUCGCUUCUCUUUCGACACAUGCCCUUUCACCAAGCACAUAUUUAUGCUCAUUCCUGUCACACAUCCAACAUGAAACCAGGAAAUAGCAAUGGGGGAAAAUGUUUUGUUUGUUGGUCGGUGUCAAGAUGGGCUACAUCCUGCUGUCUGGCUGCUUUUAAUGUAUACAGUUGUAUACUGCCAUACGCAAAAGAACAAUAACAUGCGGUUUUUUGGUCACUCUUACAUCAACAAAUCUGAAGAAACAGCCUUACUCUUGGGCGCAGAGGAAGUGCCAUGAAUUCUCAUCAUGAGAAUAAAUUGUCUGUAAUAAAUCAGUGUCACAAAUUUACUUUGAUUAGGGACCUAGAAAUGAAGGAUUAGUUCAUUUUAAAAUGAAAAUUCCCCCAAGCUUUACUCACCCUCAAGCCAUCCUAGGUGUAUAUGACUUUCUUCCUUCUGAUGAACACAAUCCGAGUUAUAUUAAUAAAUAUCCUUACGCAUCCGAGCUUUAUAAUGGCAGUGAACAGGACCAAGGAGUUUGAAGCUCAAGAAAUGCUUCUGUAUUCAACUUACGAAAAAGCGUUAACUGAUGCAACGUCAAUUAUGCUUUUUUUUGUAAGUUGAAUAUGGAAGGCGUAGGACGUAGUGUAAGCGUUUUGAACUGCGAGAGUUUUACACUUUCUUUGUAAGUUGAAUACGGACUAGCGGAAGCUAGAUAUUUUACUUUAUAACGUGUAAAAUAUGGAUAUUUUUCUUACGCAAAUGCAUCGCUUCAGAAGGCCUUUAUUAACCUCCCGGAGCUGUGUGGAGUACGUUUAAGAUGGAUGGAUACACUUUCUUGAGCUUCAAACUCAUUGGUCCCGUUCAAUGCCAUUAUCAACCUUGGAUGCGUCAGAUGCGUUCUGAUGAACUCCAAUUGUGUUCAUCAGAAAGAAGAAAGUCAUAUACACCUAGGAUGGCUUGAGGGUGAGUAAAGCUUGGGGGAAUUUUCAUUUGAAAGUGAAAAUCUAGGAAUAAAAAUCUAAUUUAAACCUUAAAGUUUACAAUUAAAAAAAGCUUAAAGGAUUAGUUCAAUGUGAUCUGACUGUAUACGUUUUGUGCUUUAGUUGUGUAAGUAGGUGGUGAACACAUUGGCGCUAUAGAUGGUAAAAAGGGUUUAGAGAUUUCACAUUGUAUACCAAUUUACAGGGACAUUAAAUGUAGUGUGUUUUUUAGGAUGAAUAACAGAGCUGAAGUAUUCAUAAAAGUUAGAAAUGUCCCAUGAAAUUUCCUUAAUCCUCCAUUGUGAAGUUGUUUUUAAUGUAGUUCAGUGGAUAUAUUCACAGUUUGAGUAGUCUUUUUAAAACUGAGUUAAAUAUAUUGAUUGGUCAUUUUUUCAUCUUAAGUUGUAUAUGAAGCCUUUAGUGUAUGAAAGUGCCUUUCCAUUUUUUGGAUAAGCUCUGCUGCACUAACGAGUCAUGCAUUCAAAAGACCUUCAAAUGAGUGGCCUCAAGUGCUACAAAAAUGUACCUACCUUUGAUCUUUGCUGCUGUUUGUUUUUAUUUUAUCCCCCCCCCCCCGCCUACCCCCCACGAUGUUAGCUGAAUAUCUUUGUACAGAGGUGCCCUGGGUGGUGCAAAACAGUUUUGAAUCUUUUUAGUGUUUAAAGAUAAACAUGAUGUUUGUUUUUCUGAAAAUUCAGUUUAUAACAUGAGGGCUCCUCUAUGAUAAUCUGUUAUUGUAUGUGGUGAAACAGCUAUUGUUACCUUACCUGUCAGACAUCUUUGCGUCACACAUUCUGUCACAACACUGUCCCUCAGGAGAUGAUCUUUACACGGCUGUGUGCUUUGAUUUCAUACGCUGACAUUGUUUAACUGUAAGAGUUCUUUGGUACGGUUUAUUGCACUAAUUUGUUACUGUGGUAUUUCACGCAGGUGGAUUGUUUUCAUUUGUGUCAAAAGUGUUGAUUUGUCUUUGGAUGUUCAAUGUACAUUUCCAUUUUUGUAUUAAAGCAAAUUUGUAUGUUGAUGCAAAA